AGAAGGCAUGCUGGAGGUUUUCUUGGGAGAUGCUGAGUGUGAAGAGUAUCUGGGGGCUCUUUGUAGACUCCUGGCUGCUCCUGAAGUGAGUUGCCAGUCUCACCUACUCCAGGAGCUGGGGCUUUAAGAAGAAAACACUAACCAUCGUUACCAGCAGCAUGGGGUCCAUAGUGAAUAAGGCAGGGGGACUGGCUCUCCACAGACGUGUGUAGUUACUGGAGUGUAAAUUUAAAGUAAACCCACAGACCCGCCAGUGUGUGGAGAGCAUGUUGGUACUUGCACUGGGCGGGACAGAGGAUGUGGAGUGGAAGACACAGGGGUGAGCGGUUAAACAGAGGACAUUGAACCGUUGCGCUGUUCACUGAGCACAGUCAAGCCUACGCUUGAGCCCCUCACCCAAAACCCAUAGGAAUCAAAGGAAAGUUUCCCCUUGAUCUCCCUGAGCUUUGGAUCAGCCCCUAAAUGAAGCCUAGGAUCAGGGCCUCACUCUCCUGUGCUCUAAUCUCCAGACCCUGUGUCCUACAGAGACUGGACAAUGGGCGCCUCCCGCUCUGGUGUUUGCUCUUGCAGGGUUGUUGCCAACACCCUUAACAGGCCCUGAGAAGAUAAAUGGCUCCCAUUAGGGUUAGGCUGUUACACCCGGUGCACAACUACAAAGGAAGGCAAAGAGGCUCUGAGUUUGGCAGGCACUGUUCCCGGGUGUGGCGCUGCCAUUCAAACCGAGAGGGGAUCAGCCCCCAGCCACUUGGUUAGGGCUGGGCCUCUCGGAGCCACGGCCUGGCCUGAGUUUCAGUCUCCAGGCAGUUGCGAUGGCAAAGCCCCAAACAGCUGUCGAACCCUAGUCUCCCUUGCACCCCGCUGCUCAGUUGUUUGGCGCAGCUGCUGCCCUUGCAGGGUGGCACCCUCAGCGCCUGGCUCUGCACUAGCUGGAUUCUCCCUGAGCUUUCUGCUCUGUUCUUCCCAGCCGGGCUGGAAACGCUCUCAGCUCCCCCUCCUCACGGCUGAUCACUGCCAGUCAGGUAACGGCAUUAAACCUAGUGGCCUUCACCUUCCUGGAGGCUGCUGCAGGCCAUUUCCGCAGAGGCCAGGCCAGCCAUGGGGCAGGCAGAAUAAUGACUCCAGGCUGGAGGCAUGGGAAUGCUGGGCACCGUGCUGGCACCGAGGCUAAUGACCUCUGAUCUCCGUGCCUGACCCUGCAGCAGCCUGUGUGGGAGCUGGAGCGCAGCGGGGCCAUAUCCCAUUGGGCUCUUGCAGUGCACCCAGGUACCACGUGGGGCAGCACCCCAGCACCCCACGUAGGGCAGCCUGCCCCAUGUACCAGGUGGCUUAGGCAGUGACAAAAUAGCUACUUUCUAACCCAUUGCCAGCUCCAAUGCAGCCCUGGCGUAAGCAGGGGCAGCUCCCCCUGAAGACAGUGUGGGUUACACCCGCUUACAACAGAGCUCAACUUGGCCCCAUAUGGGUUUUAUUCAUGCAAAAAUCAAACUGUUUUGAGGCUAAAAUCCCCGUGCGAUUCUGGGCAUUAUUCGUCCCUGAGCAGCGUCCUCUCCACCCCUGUUCUGAGCGCACUGCUGGGGUGUAACGAACGAGGAGCCCAGCUCCUGCCUGUCUUUACAGUGGAAGGGGGAUGUUUUCCCAAACGGGCCAGUCCAUCACGCUGCACGAUACAGGCCUGGUGUGCGGUAAAAAUGUCAUUCAGUCCUGAGUGCUGUCGCUAUGCCUACUUGACCUCCAGCAUCGACACGGCUAGGUCGACUGAAGCCCCCAUAGUGUAGACAAGCCUACGCACCCUGCCCGGUUCGGUGGCCAGAGGUGGCUCUGCCUGCAGAGCGGGGGCUGCACUCACCGCACUGGGGCACUGCCGUACUGCAGGAGUGCCCGGAAGGCACCUGGUAAGAAUUUGCACCAAUCCUCCACAGAUCCUGCCCCCCAAGAAGGUGCCCCGCUCUCCCAAACAUGGGUCUUUCUCAUGAUCUCCAGUGCUUAGUAUUAUUUAUGUACAGUAUUUGUAUUGCGGUAGCACUAGGACCCCCACUCAUGGAUCAAGACCCCCCCACCCCAGUGCUAGGUGCUGUACAGACCCAGAAGACAGACAAGCUCUGCCCCACGGUUUGGCCAGUCUAAGUGAGCUGUCUCUGCCUCCCAAGGAGGGUCCAGAAAUGGUCAGGAACUGAAACUUCACAGGUAGAAGAAUUUCAUUGCUCUUCCUCCUUCCCUUCCUGUCACUGCCUGUCUCCUUCCUCCACCCUGUUUGGACGGGCUGCCCUAUAGUUUAUACAAUCUGCAGACUCCUGCCGGCUGGGAUCCUUCAGGAUAAGUGGGCAGCUGAGAUGGGUAUAUGGUUCUGAUGGGCUUCCUGCCUUCCCUGCUAGGAGUCACUGGGUGAGGGUAACAAGCUUUUCGUGCUGGCAUGCUGCCCUGGCAAUUCUACGCUUGCAUGCUGGGCGUGAGCUCAUCUGUAUGGCGCAUGUGAGGGUAGGCUGUGCAGAGGGUGCCAUGUUGGGCUAGGAACGGUCUCGUUCUUGCCGGAGCCCUGGCACCUCUUUCCUGUAGUUUCGGGAACGCAUCAGCCUGCUGCAGAAGGUCCAAAGUUCAGGAGCAAGCCAUGGUAACGGCUGUAACUCAGCGCGGGGGAGCCCGGCAUUCAGCACUGCACCACGACUGUACCCUCCAGGCUGGGUUUCCCUGCCCUACUCCACAGCAACCAGCAUCAACUGGUCGCUCAGCACUUCCUGCCAGCACCCCACUCCAGCGAAAGUGAAUGGGAAUUGCAGGUGCUCAGCACCACCCAGGGCACCCUGCAGGAUCAGGCCCUAACUGCCCUUCUCUCUCCUCUGCCCUGAUUUUGAGCUGCGUUGCUCAGUUUCAGUCCAGUUCUUCCGCAGCCCACACAGAGACACACACACAGAGACACACACUCACUCACACUCCCUAGGAACCUGGUGCUGUCUGUCGCCUUUCAUCACCACCUGGCGCUUCUGCCUCUAGUUCUAACUCCACAAGGCCCAGCUAAGGAAUGCACCCAAAAUACGCCAGAUUUACCACUUCGGGGACGUUGGGAACUGUAGCUAGAGGGGGCUGCUGGGGCCUAACACCCGCAGUGCCGGCUGGCAGCGCAGGGCUCCAGGGGGGCUGAGUUUGGCUGAACACGAUAUAACACGCACACACGUUCCUAAAAUAUGCCAAUUUGCUUAAAAGCCUCCAACCAGAUCAAAUAAAACCCAAACCUGCAAACCCAAAUUGCUGCGCUUGGGGCAGGCUGCAGCUUGCAACUGCCGCGACAGGCCAGGUUGCCCCCAGCCCUAGCACAGCUGCACAAGGAGCCGUUGGUGCCAGGGUCUCAUUGCCAGCACUCUGCUCCAGGCUCGCAGCACCCCUGGCUCUCUGCCAGGUGGGUGGGACAUGAAACAGCCCCAAGACCUGACUGGCUCUCUCCUGUACCAGGCUGUGCAGCAACGUUGCCUACAUCCUGGGCACCAUCGCCGAGAAUGAGAGCGGGGCGGCACGCCUGGUGGCACUGGCAGGGGGUGGCUCGGGCUCCGAGGAUCUCCUGGAUAGCAUGAGCGCCAUGCUGACCUGGGACGACCCAGAGGCUGUGAUGAAUGUGGCAGGCACCCUGGGCUCCCUGGCGGAAACAGGUCCCAGCCGGCAAUGGCUGCUCCAAGCCCAGAAAGCUGACGAGAUUGUUGAGAAGCUCAGAGGGCUGCUGACCUCAGCUGACAAAGGCACGGCAAGCAACGCAGCCCUGGGGCUGGCCCGAAUCGCUGGCUCCCAGGAGGGCCGCGUGAAACUGCUGGGACACCCUUGCUCCCAGCACCUCCUGAGACAGCUGAUCGCCUCCCUGAGAGCAGAGGAAGCAGGCUGCAGCAUGAACGCUGCCUUUGCGCUGGGGCGCCUGUGUGACACGGACCUCGGCCUGCGGCAGCUCUUUGCCCUCCCUGAAGUCCCCAGCAUGAUCCAUGCCCUGGUGUCCAUGAUGGCCAGCGCGGAGGCAGGAGGGAGCCGGAACGCCUGCUUUGCUCUCAGCUGCCUGGCUGCCAACAAAGAGGGGCAUGACCACGUGCUGCAGAGCCCUGCCUUCCCCCGGGCUCUGGAUACGCUGGGCCACCUGCUUUGCGCCGAGGAGCAGGAGUCCUCCUGGUUUGCUGCCAUGACCUUGCAUGUGCUCGCCAGCCAGCCCAAGGGGGUGAUGAAACUCAGAGAGCACCCAGACCUGGAACACCUUCUGCAGGAAGUGGCUGCCUCAGAGACAGCAGGACAAGAGCUGCUAGAGGAAGUGACUGGCACCCUGGCCAAGCUCCGGCGCCUCCCGAAACCCCCACCCCCGGAAGCCAAAGUUCUGGAUUCUGGUUCCAUCCAGGUGACCUGGGAAAGUUUCAGGCCUCAGAGCAGCCUUGAGAUCAAUUACAGGCUCUAUGAUGGGGAUGCCCUGCUGUACCGGGGGCCAGAGCUCAGCUAUGCCUUCGCAGGCAGCGUGCCACGCCAGGAAUACCACUUUCAGCUCUGCCUUGAGGCGAGGGGCGACCGGGGGCCGUACAGCGAUGCUACGGUGCUGCCCAGAGAAGAGCCAGUGCCCAGUUGCCCCUUGGACUUCCACGUGACAGGUCGCACAGCCACCCAGUUAAAAUUGAGCUGGGCCCCUCCGGCUGAGCCUAACGGCCCCAUCAAACACUACACAGUGUACAGGGGGAAGGCCCUGGUGGGCUCCACCCCAGAACUCAGCUGCGUUGUGGGAGGCUUGGCCCCUUCCACGAGCUACCGGGUCAGCAUCUGCGCAUGCACCAGCAAAGUCCAGGGAGGGAAGGCCACGCUGCUCACCAAGACCAUGUCCCUGAGGGGCCAUGCCCCGGAGGGGUUAACCCUUCUAGUGCUGGGGCGCAGUGAGAUCUUUGUGACGUGGGACGUGCCCAAAGCGCCCCUGGGACGCUUCUUUAACUAUGAGCUGUGCCUGAAUGGGGAAGUGGUGUACCUGGGCACGGCACGCUCCUACAUGGCCCGCAGGCUCAGGGCCAACACGGCCUACACCUGCACCAUCAGUGCCCUCACCAGCGCGGGUCGCUGUGUCAGCCGGCCAGUCACCAAACGCACACCCAGGGACGACUACAGCGAUGUCAGCAGGAGAGACCCUUCCCUGUCCUGCUCCAGACAGCCAAGCCAGAAGACUCGAGCUGCCGGCCCCUCCAAGGCUGCCCCACUUCCCAGGGACGCUGGGCACCCAAAGCAGCGGGCGCCGGAUGCAAAGAGCCUCCCCAGGCAAACUGCACUUCAGCCCAGCGGGGAGAACAGCUCAGCCGAACCUGGGGCGCCGAGCAGACCGCUCUUCCCAGAGCUGGCAACAGUCCUCCCUCUUGGGCACCCGGCUUGGCAGGGCUCACCCGGUCUGCGUGCUGUGCCCAUGUCCCUUCAGCUCAGUCGCUCCCUAGAGCGGAGGAAACCCAGACCGGCAGCCUCAGGCCAGCAGAGGCCGAGCUACGGGCACCCCCCUGUCCUGGAGAGCUUGGAGCAUCCGCAGCUCAGGGCUCCAUUGGGGAGCCAACAGCUCCGGGGGCUGCAGAGGCCAAAGCCACAAACAAGGACUGGCCGGGGCUGUAGCCGGCUCCUGCCCGCCGAGGAGCAGCACCGGAGUCCUCAGAAGACAGCUGUGCCCCUGGGCGUGUCUCACAAGGGAAACGUCAGCCUCCACCCUGCAAUGGCACCCACGAGAGUUCUCUGCCCACAGCAGCGGGAUGGCUGCAGGCAUGGAGCCGGGUUUAAUGCUGAAUGCACAAGGGAAGACAUGCCCUCGGGGAGAGGCCACCCCUGCCUGCCACUGCUCUGCCUUUCAGAUUGGCUGGCAGGGCUCAGCCGGCGGGCCCCACAGCAUGGCAGGUGCCGGGGGCUGAGCAUGUUGGAGCGUGAGGGGACCUGGAGGGCUCUGAUGCCCAGAUUCCCUGCAGGCCCCCGAAGCUUCCCAGCUAACCUCCUCCCUGCGUUGGGCAGGAGGCCCUCUGGCCAGACACCCCAGGGGACGCUCCUCGGAGACCACCUGCUCACCCAGGCCGUGGUAAGUGGUGACUCUCGGGACGUGCUCCCCUGUGCAGCUAGGACUCAGGCCCCGGGAACACUCUGUGUCGUACUCCUCACCUGGCACCAGCAGUCUCCGAGCCCAGGGCCCUGUCAGGCCCCAGUGUGGGCCAAGAAGGAAUCUCUCCUGUCUCCUCUCCUUGCUGGGGGGUUGUGCAUUUCCAAAGUGAUCCCGGCUGGCUUUACCACCUCCCUUUGUGUUGUUACUACCAGAGCUCCUGGAGGUCUCAGCUGAGCUCAGGGCACUGGACUGACACAGUCCCUGCCCCAAAAGCUUACAGCCUCAAGAGACAAAGGGUGGCAAGAGGAACUAAUGCACAGAAAGGAGAAGCGACUUGCCCAAGGUCACCCAGAAGGUCAGUGGCAGAGCUGGCAAUAGACCCUGGGUCCCUUGAGCCCCUGUCCAGCCUGCUAACCGCUAGGCUGCACUGCCUUCCCUUUUCUGCUCCUUUGACGCCCCCAUCCUCCCUCACUGCAGACCCUCCAAAGCUCCCAGUUCUCAGGGCUAUGGCCCAGGGUGGGGGGAGGCUCUGUUCUGAAGGAAAUG